CCCUCUCAACACCACCAUCAUCCCAUCAUCUAUGAUAUUGCCACAGAAUGCCCCCCAAACAAACCCUCAAACAAACCACCCAUACCUUCCUAGAUACUCUAACUCAAAUCCCCCCACCCCCCCUCACCACCAUCCUCUCCCAAUUCACCUCCUCCCCCAACACUACCCCCCUUAUCCACGAAGCCGGCCUCCCUCACCUCGCCCCCUUCCUCGGCCGCGACUUCACCGGCCAAGACGGAGUGAAAGCGUACUUCGAGACCAUGGGCGCGGCGCUACGCUACGAGGGGAUGCGAUUCGAGGAUGAGCAGGAUUGGGUGGUUGACGAGGAGAAAGGGUGUGUUUGUGUCCGCGGGUGGGCGAAAUUCAUUGCCAAAGAGACAGAAAUGGGUUGGGAUGAGGGGUUCGUGUAUAGGUUGAGGAUUGUGCAGGAUGGUGGUAGUGGUGGGGAGUGGAAGGUGCAAGAGUAUAGAGUGUGGGCUGAUACGGGGGCGGCGUAUUUGGCUCUUACGGGGAGGUUGGAUGAUCUUGUGAAGGGGGAGUGA